AUGGAUAGUCCGAUUGUAGAUUCAUCUCCACCCACACCGUCGUCACCUGAUAUCCUGCCAGAAAUAGAUCGACUUACACUUAAUCCUCAAUCGAAUGAAGCAAACGACAAGAUCGAAAAUGUCAGGACUGACGGAGAAAAGCAGAAGGAGAAGACCAUCGAAGAUGACGAAUUAGAGAAAUUUAGAGCUCAGUGGAGGGAAGAAGUUAAAGUGAAAUCUAAGAAAAAUGAUACACCAUCAAUUGGGAUGAACACGGAUCUCACUAAGAAAGGUAAAGGUAAAGAGAAAGGAAAGCAAUUAGAAAUACCUCCUCUAGCUACAAACUCUAAACACAAGGGAGACGUUAUCAAAGAAGAUUCUGAAAUACCUCACACAAUCACAAACGAAGAUCAUCAGCCUAUAUCAAAAUCUACUUCACCUACAUCACCGUCGAAAACAAAUAAGUUACCAUCACCCAUAUCACCCAAAAGGAAUCCACCACUACCAGUAAUACAACCACUACGAUACAAACCCGGUCAAUCAAUCGAUCUAGAGAAUCUAGACUCUGAAUUAACCUCAUCAACAUUCACGCCAUUCAAACCGCCUUCAUCUUCAUCACAUAUAUCGGGAAAUUCGUUCAAACCAAUAAGAUAUACAGGUUCAAUAGCUGUUGGACCAGAUGGUGAUAAAAAUGAUAAGGAAAGAGCUGUCCAAUUAUAUACUAAAGCUGUGGAAAGUGAACAAAGUGGGAAACUGAAUGAUGCUUUGUUGUUGUACAGAAAAGCGUUCAAAUUGGAUGACGACGUAGAUAGAUCCUACGCUCGAUCACUGAAGAUUUCAAGCACAUCUCAAUCCCAAGCUCAGUCUAAACAAACGCAAUUUGGACGAUCCGAUAUACAAAAUGACUUACCUCCAACUCCUUCUUCAUCAGAUAUCAUAUCGCCUACACCCCCUUCGGUCGAACCAUAUUCGUUUGCUAGGCAUAUACAAAUGGCACCUGACUAUGAAAAAGCAUCUUCCAGCACAACCCUAACUUCCGAACAAUCACCAACAACAUCUACAAUGACAAAACCUAUAACACCAAUUGAUUCUCCUCCAAUAUCGCUAUCACCUUUAACAGCAAUGUUUCAAUCUCUAAUCAUACCUCCAAAUGAAAUACAAUUCGUGGCUGCUGAAGAAGACCUACCUUGCCCAAUAUCGAAUCUACCGAAUGAAUUAUUCGAACCUAUAUUAAACAGAUUAGAUGUCACUUCGAUUGAAAGAUUUGGUUCAACAUGUUGGAGAGCAAGAUAUCUGACGCAAUAUAGUAACGUUUGGAAACGAAUAGCUGAAAGAAUUUAUAUACCCCCUUCAAUCUUACCUUUACCUGAAAUAUUUUCAGAAGAGGACGAACAGGAUCAAGGAGGACAUGUAUUAAAUCCUACAAAAGAAGAAACAAUGCCCUAUACAGUACCGGUCGAAGUAAUUCAAGCGAAAGAUCUAGCUAAGCGACAUAGGAACGAAUGGAGAACUACUUUCGUAGAAGAAGAAAGAGUAAGAAUGGAUGGUUGUUAUAUCGCCGUUUGUCAUUAUAUACGUCCGGGUGCAGGUGAAGAAUGGGUUACCAUAACACAUAUGAUAACAUACCAUAGAUUCCUUAGAUUUUAUCCGGAUGGAAAUGUGAUCUCGUUCCUUACAACCGAUCAUCCAUCAGAGAUAGUGCCAAACCUGAAACCCUCAAUUAGGGGUAAAGGACUGCACUUCGGUCGAUGGAAACUGAUACGCUCAGAUUCCAUUCCUACGUCACCUAAUGAUAUAUCGAGCAGAGGAAAACGGAUUGCGAGAAUCCUAGUUACGGAUUUGACGGAGCCUGGAAUCGAAAAUCCAAAAUAUGAAUUUGAGAUGGAAUUAGCAUUGAAAUCUACUGGUAGAGGAAGGUGGAACAAACUUGAGAUCAUUGAAUACAGAUCAAUAAAUCUAUUAACAGGUGAAGUAUUAGCAUUAGCAUUGAAACAUCAAAAACCAUUUUACUUUUCAAAAGUCAGAUCAUACAACCCACUUUUAUGA